GAAAAAGGAAAAUAUUCGUAUUUUGGUGAAAAAUGGGUCGUGAAAGUAAACAAAAGGACAGUUCAUCGUUACGUAAAAGUUGUAAGAGUGCUAAACGUGACAAAUAUGACGUAAUACUGUCCGAAUUGAAAAAAUUAAAGAAAAACAUUAGGAAUACUUCGUCAACAUCGUCAUCUUCGGGGGAGGAACAAUCAGAACAAAGUCAUACGGAUUCUGAGGUGGUAUCGGAGCCUACCCCUGAUUACCCUCCUGCCCCUGCUAACACUGUGGUUGUCGAGGCUGAGGUACAUGUACAGGAGGACAUCUUAGGCGUUUUUGGCGAAAAACCCCAAAGUGAGGAGCUUAUGGGUGAAGAGAUACAUACAGAAAUAGCAGAAAGAUGGAGCAGCCUAGCGAAAAAAGGCAUGUCAGCAGAAGACAAAGACAAAUUAGCAAGCAAAUAUUCCAUCCCAAAAAACUGUGCGUUCCUCAAAGCGCCCAAGCUUAACGAGGAAGUUGAGGCGGCCCUCAAAAGGCCCAUCAUAAAACAAGAUAAGUAUCUAACCACUUUACAAAACCUACUAAAUGCUGGACUUAGUGCUCUGGCGAAGCCUAUUAAUAAAAUUGCAUCGACGCCCGAAAACCCAGCAGAAAAUAUCCAAGAAUUACUGCCAUGUUUAGCUGACGCCGCUAAAGCAAUAAUCGCUGCCCAACAAUCCCUCUCAAUGCAUAGAAGAUUCUUAAUUUUGCCGGGCCUUAACGAAAACGCCCAAAAAACCCUACAAACAACGGUGGUUAACGAACAACUAUUUGGGACUGAUCUUCAGGAAACCCUUAAGUCAUCCAAGUCAGUAAAAAGGACUGGUGAGGAACUUAGUAGUCACAUUUCCAAGAAAAAGCCGUACCAGGGCCAGGGCAGUACAUCAGCAUCGUUUUUCCGAAAACAAAAUCCCACUUCAAAUCAAAAUUUUCGGAAAGGGGCCUCGGAAAACCGCAACCCUCAAUAUCGACCGACAUGGAAAUCAUCACAGCCGAAGUCAACGCAUUACAAAAAGAGGGGGGAGAGGGAAAGGACCUACAAGCGGCGCAGCUACCAGAAUUAA